ACUUCAUGGAUGACAACAGUCACACGGAAUGUAGACAAAGUCGACUGAAUGAAUCCAGUUAUCCAGUCCCUAGACCGACUGCCUCUGUAGUUGAAAAGAACAAAAUUUGGUCUUGGACUUUAUAUUUAGAAGAAGAAAAGGCUAUUGCUGCUCCUGUCAAGCUCUUUCGUGAGUAUCAGUCCUUCCCACUGAAUAAAAAUGGUUUCAGAGCAGGAAUGAAGUUAGAAGGUAUUGAUCCUACGCAUCCAUCAAUGUACUUUGUACUCACCGUGUUUGAGGUUUGUGGUUAUCGUUUGCGACUCCAUUUUGAUGGUUAUUCUGAGUGCCAUGAUUUCUGGGUGAAUGCGGACUCUCCAGAUAUCCAUCCGGCAGGAUGGUGUGAGAAGACAGGUCACAAAUUACAUCUGUCUAAAGGAUACAAAGAGGAAGAAUUCAACUGGCCGAAUUAUCUGAAGAUAACAAAGUCACAAGCUGCACCAAAACAACUCUUCUUCAAUCAAAAUACAAUGAUUACCCCUUCGGGAUUUCGUACUGGAAUGAAACUGGAAGCAGUUGAUAGAAUGAAUCCAUCUCUAAUCUGUGUUGCUACAGUGACAGAUAUAGUUGAGAACAGGUUCCUGGUCCAUUUUGACAACUGGGACGACACAUAUGAUUACUGGUGUGAAGCUAGCAGUCCAUACAUCCACCCUGUAGGUUGGUGUCAGCAGCACGGUAAACAACUGACGCCUCCACAAGGUUACCCUCAUCCAGAACAUUUUUCUUGGGACAAAUAUUUAGAAGAAACUGGAUCUUCUCCUGCUCCUGCUCGUGCAUUUAAAGUUCGCCCUCCACAUGGUUUCCAGAGAAACAUGAAGCUGGAGGCUGUAGACAGACGCAAUCCAGCGCUGAUUCGUGUAUCUACAAUUGUAGAUGUUGAUGAGCAUAAGUUAAAGAUCUAUUUUGAUGGAUCAUCCUCUGCCUACAGUUACUGGGUAGAUACUGAUAAUCCAGACAUACAUCCUGCAGGGUGGUGUGCCAGAACAGGACAUUAUCUCCAACCUCCAAUUAAACAAUCGGAUGCUUUAACUGAACCUGGACAAAGAGGAUGUCCAACUCCGGGAUGGAAAGCUAUUAGUCAUACAAAAAGUUCUAAAUAUACCACCCAUCAUCGGAAAUGCCCAACUCCUGGUUGUGAUGGCUCAGGGCAUGUCACUGGGAAGUUCACUGCUCAUCAUCGUUUGUCAGGCUGCCCAUUAGCUGAACGGAACCAAGCACGGAUGAAAAUAGAGAUAUCAGACGUGGAAGGAUCUUCCCGAAAAAGAAAUCUCUUAUCCUUUGGUCGAAGGAAGAAAUCAAGACAUCAUGGGAGGAUUGGUCGUCCACCUAAGUAUCAUAAGAUUCAACAAGAGGAAUUAAAAGUCAGUUUUCAGAAUGGUUUGCAACAAGACUUGCAUCAGUCCGUCUUUAUGUCUGCCAUGUCCCCACAUCCAGCUCGUUCAUUGUCCUUGUGCUGGGAACAACAUUGCAAGCUGCUUCCAGGUGUAGCUGGAAUUAGUGCCAGCAGAGUGGCCAAAUGGAGUAUUGAAGAGGUGGGAAACUUUGUCCAGACACUCACUGGCUGUGAUCAACAGGCAAAGCUCUUCAAAGAAGAGUCAAUUGAUGGGGAGGCUUUUCUUCUUCUAACACAAGUGGAUAUAGUGAAGAUCAUGAGCAUUAAACUUGGUCCAGCAUUGAAGAUUUAUAACUCAAUUCUUAUGUUCAAAAGUGCAGAUGAUACUUCAACAUGA